AUGCAACUUUCUGCACCCCCUAAGCUAAAAACUACCAUCAUUCAAUUGAACAAAGACAUAGAUCCGGAGGACAACAACUAUGAGGUGCUCUCCAAUGACUAUGCAAGCGAUACCAAGAACUCAUUAGUCUCGUUUUCACUUGGAGUUAACGAAGAGCAGCCUCGCAAAAAGAGAAGGCGGUCUUCUUCAACAAUUGGUGAGGAUGAGUUGGCCAAGAGACGCACUGAAACGAAACAGCUUCACUCCAUGAUUGAGAAACGCAGGCGUAUCAAGAUCAACCGCGAGUUUGAGGCCCUCAAGUACUUAAUUCCAGCGUGUCGGACUGCUGAUCACAGCUCUCGAAGGGUCAGUGCAGCAAGCAACAAUGCAAACAAAAUCGACGGCAUGUACAAGCUUACCAUAUUGAAAACCGCCGUCGAGUAUAUCUUGUAUUUGCAUCACAUUUUGCAAAAGCAGCACAGUUUGCUCUCUUCGUCAAUGGAGGACUUUGAAUUCGACAUUUCGUUCGCAGAUAUACCCCUCGACGUCAACCAAUACCGCAACAUUGACCAGGAAUUCGAUUUCCAUGAGUUUGCAUCUCGUUGUGCUUCUCAAAGCGACAAUGUGGAUAGGCAGGCUACUUUUAUGUCUCAGAAUUUGAACAGCACUGCCCUGUCAAUUGCCGAAACCGAGGAGGGUGCAGAAGAAGCAAAUACAGAAGCAAAAGCCGCUGUAGGUGCAGACUAUAUCUCGUGGAACUCCAGAAUCGAUCAAUGUACGGACCAGCUUACCGCAACGCAAGAAGCUGCUGAAAUUUCGCCCAUUCUUACCAUGCUCGGGAAACACAAGAGUGAAGACAACGGGCAGCCCCGCCUCUCCUCAUCAAUAUGUUCCACGAACCUUCAGACUUAUCAAUCAUUUCUGUUCGCCAAUCCCAGUGGCCACUCAAAUGAUACUUCCACCUCCACAUCUCCCUUCACCAUACCCAUCAAGACGCUGAUAAAAAAGAAUAUGUUUUCCUUACCUGACCCUGCAUUGACAUCGACAAAUGCCAGGUGCUGUGGUUUGAUAUCUCCGGAAAGCGUUUCUAUGAACAAUGAUGUAAUGGGCCAGGGCCAGGCCUACCCACGCAAGAUGUAUUUCAAAAGCCAGGUGCCACCUAAUAAUCUCAUUGCCAACGUGGAUGGACAGCCAGGUCACUUGGAAUUAAGCAACACGGAGGUGGACAAACUCGAGAACGCGUCGAGAAUGUUACUACUGUUGCGAAAACCAAGCAUAGGUCAGCUUCUUAACUGA